AUGUCUACUGUACUUUCAGCAAGCGGCGACAGUGCCGCCACCACCUCUUAUAAUAAAACCCAAAGCCAGGGAAGCAUGACCAUAAAACCAUCAUCUGCCACUGAUCUAUCAGCUUGGAUGUAUUUGCCCGUAUAUGGCAGCAUUCCCGGCAAGUCCCUGGACGAGAUCACACUCAAUUUCACAUCGCAAUCUGCAAAUAUCAAGACUGUGGCGGUGUAUGAUGGCAGCGAAAAGGUAGUGGAGGAGCGGGAGCUUGGAAAGAGUGAAACUUUUAGUAUUUAUGUGUCUUCUAGGGAGAUCAGUUCUACGGUGGACGGGGUUACGGUCUCGAUUGAGGUGGAGUUUGAGACGGUUGAGGCGUGGCUGUCUCUUAGUUCUGUCUCUGUCGCGUUUUGA